CUAAAUGGGCACUAAAUGGGCAGUGCUUAUUUGCCCGUUUGCCCGCCCAGCCGUAUACCCAAAACGAAAACAAGACAAAACCCGAUCCCAUCUCCUCUUUCUCUCUCUAGGGCAACUGAGCCGAUCCCAAUCUCCUCCGCCUCAAUCCCGAUCUCAAUCACUCCUCCGCCUCCUCCUCCGCCGCCUCAAGUGCCUUUUGAACCCAAAACCUACGACGCCAAUCGAUCCUCCUCCGCCUCCUCCGCUGCCUCAAUCGCUGAUUCGUCUCGUUGCCCUUGUUCUGGUGUCGAUUCCUUCGUCCAUGGCGUCCAAUCGCAGUGCCCUAUUUGGAUCGAGCAGUGUUCGCCUGAGCAGGAGGCUGAGGAUCAUGAAGGGUUCGGAUGCAAUUGGACUUGGUAUGUGCAUGUUUUGUACAUUUUACAUACAUAUUCUUCAAUUUUUAGCUCCUAAGUAUGUCAUUUUUCCUCAAACUACAUAAUCUAGUGAAUAGACACAUUGAAAGAGAGGAAUAAAAGAUGGAGAUGGAUGGCCUUCUCUAUUAAAGGUCACCAAGCUCUUCCUAAUAAAGAGCUUCAACAUAAUUCUCCAGCAAAAUUUUAUAGCUCAAGACAACAAAGAACGUCGUCGU